GCCCACCAGGCCCAAAAUUUAGCGCAAGGCUGCAAAUAAAUAACAAGCGACUUAACCUCAAAUGCCGUGAAAUAUCUCUAUAACCAGAUAUUUUCACCUCCAGUAUCAACAUGUCGGGUGCUACGGAUAUGGAUAUCUCGACCAGAAAGCGCAAAGAACGCGAUGAAGACUCUGCGAACGCCAUCCCGAAGACUGACGAGGAGAAUUUGAUUAAUGGAGCGCAUCCAGAAGCAGAACCGACCCCCAAGCGACAGAGGACGGUUGAGCCUAGGCCGGUGCACAUCGAAGAUGAGGAGGAUUUAAAAAAUGGAAUGGAGGACCUUGAAGUUGAGGAUGAAGGGCUGAAAGUUGUGGUUCCUCGAGAAAAGGCUCCAAUGGAAGGCUAUGAUGAUCUCUACCUCGAUACCAUAAAUCGCAAUGUACUCGAUUUCGACUUCGAGAAGCUUUGCUCCAUUUCCCUUUCAAAUAUCAACGUAUACGCUUGUUUAGUGUGCGGGAAGUACUAUCAGGGACGAGGGACAAAGUCUCAUGCAUAUUUCCAUGCUCUUGAAGUAGGGCACCACGUAUUCAUCAACAUGCAAACACAAAAAGUCUAUGUUCUGCCAGAAGGUUACGAGGUCAAAAAUAAGAGCUUGGAUGACAUAAAGUUUGUGUCUGAUCCUACAUACACAAAAGAGCAGGUCAUGGCUAUGGAUCGAGAAGCUAAAACUUCGUGGACUUUGUCUGGCAAAGAGUAUAUACCAGGCUUCGUCGGUAUGAACAACAUCAAAGACAACGACUAUUUCAAUGUAAUAAUACAAGCACUUUCCCAUGUACCACCACUUCGAAACUUUUUCCUAUUGGAGGACUUUCGUAACAAACCGGAACUCAUAAAACGUGUCUCAAUUCUUUUCCGAAAAAUAUGGAAUCCAAGGGCCUUCAAAUCUCACGUCUCUCCUCACGAACUUCUCCAAGAAAUCUCCCUCAAAUCCAAUAAGAAGUUCAAUUUAACCACCCAGUCCGACCCUGUCGAUUUUCUCUCCUGGUUUCUUAACAACCUACAUCUCGCACUUGGAGGGUCCAAAACCAAACCCGGCUCUUCAGUAAUCCAAAAGAUAUUCCAAGGGAAACUAAAAGUCGAAUCUCAAGCUAUCACCGCCAAAGCCGACGCUGGUGAUCGAUUACGGUUUGAAGAUGCUGAUGUCAAAACAGACGUUAGUAGAUUCAUGCUACUGACAUUAGAUUUACCAGCAGCGCCGUUGUUUCAAGAUGAAUUAGAACGAAAUAUCAUUCCCCAAAUCCCUUUGACCAGUAUACUCGCAAAAUACGAUGGUCUGAAAGCCCAAGAGCAUCUCAAUAUGCGCAAACGUUAUCGGUUGCUUCACCCACUUCCGCCCUUCCUCCUCUUCCACAUAAAACGCUUCUCUCACAACAAAUUCGUCGACGAACGCAAUCCCACCAUCGUCACUUUUGACGCGCGCAAUUUAGAUAUGUCACCAUACAUUGAACCUGAUAUGAAACACGCUAGACCCGGUGAGCCGAUAUGGUAUGAUUUAGUUGCAAACAUAGUACAUGAAGCAGUUAGGGGGCGAGAAGAUAGUGUAGAGGGAGAAUCGGAAAAGAGGAGUUGGAAGGUUCAGUUGAGAGAUAAAGCGACGGGAGAGUGGAAGGUAGUACAAGAUUUGUUUGUGGAAGGAGGCCAGAGAGAGUUCUUGCACUUGGGGGAGAGUUACUUGCAAGUUUGGGAGAAGAGGAGGGAAGUUGCGGGGAAGGGGAAGGGGAAGGGGAAGGCUAAUUAGUGGGGAUUCCAAACUCCAUUUCGGUCCUCCCUCAACACAACAGAGAUGAUGAUUCAGCUCCAGCUUUAUUAUGUACAUCUCCAAAUACUCUCGACUUUCCCUGUAGGACUAGAUUGCUCAGGUGUUCUUAGGCUAGGAAAAAGCUGAGCGAGUGUAUAUGCCGAGUGAGCAUGAAUUGCUAAGACAAAAUGUUAGAUGCGAGAUAAGCGUGUUGUAAAUUAUAGUUAGGAAUGAUACCAGGGAAUUUGAAAGUCAUAAAAGUUAGGGAGUAAUGAAUAUU